UUCCUCUGUUGUCAUUCUUUCUUCAGCUGCCUUCACAAAGCAAUCCUAUCUUCGCUUUACCGCUGCCACACUCUCAGAGAUGUUGCACGCUGCUGGCUAUACGGGCUCAAUGAAGCAAACCGUCCCGCUGCAGCCGAAAAUACGAACUAAUACCGCAAGCAGACGAUCCAUUGCGUGGUCUUGUCAGCAUUGCCAUCGUCGUUUUCACACUGAAAAAAACUUACACCAACAUAGACUGCUCAAUCGACACUUUUGAUGAACAUCUAACUUGCAAGUGGGCUGAUGUAUAACACCGCAACAUCAACUUUCAUCUUUGUUUCACCACUGUACUAUAGUAAUCUCCUUGUAGUAAUAAAAAAUGCGUACGCACGUCCGUACGCUAAGAAAUGCUUUUGAAACAAUAGUGUAAGUUUGCCUUUAUUGCUCCGACGUCUAAUUUCGGAAUUUUCAACAGUCGUGCGGGUGGGGUUU